AUUCGUAAAACCAGAUCACUCUAUAUAUAUAUAUAUAUUAUGUGCUCAUAAAAUUCAAAACACAGUUAAGGAGCCGAGUUGUUUGUUGGGUUGGCCAACUAGUUCCACCUUUACAUUUAUUGUCUCAGAAACUUUUGGUCUCCAUGGAAGAAGUAGAGCUUGCCACCAAUAAUCGGCCUACACUUUUGCACCAGAAUCCAGCUCCGGAAAUGGGAGAGCCAAGUAAUUCAAGCAAAAAGAAGAGCGUUUCGUUUCUUGGCCUAUUUUCUGCUGCUGAUACAAUUGACUAUGUAUUGAUGUUCUUCGGAAGUGUCGGGGCGUGCAUCCAUGGUGCUGCUCUUCCUGUCUUCUUUGUGUUGUUCGGUCGUAUGAUUGAUUCGUUGGGACAUCUAUCCAAGCACCCUCACAUAUUGUCUUCGCGGGUUUCCCAGUAUUCUCUGUACUUGAUCUAUCUUGGACUCGUAGUUUUGGCAUCAGCAUGGAUAGGUGUCGCACUCUGGAUGCAAACUGGAGAGAGGCAGACUGCUCGUUUGAGACUGAAGUAUCUCCAGGCAGUAUUAAAGAAGGAUAUCGGUUUUUUUGACACCGAUGCCGGAGUUACAAAUAUCAUUCACCACAUUUCCAGUGAUGCAAUACUAGUGCAAGAUGCAAUUGGUGACAAGAUAGGCCAUUCUCUGCGUUACCUUUCUCAGUUCAUUGUUGGGUUUUCCAUUGGAUUUACAUCGGUAUGGCAGCUUUCACUUCUCACCUUGGCUGUUGUUCCAUUGAUAGCUUUCGCAGGGGGAGCUUAUACCAUUACCAUGUCUACCUUAUCAGAAAAAGGUGAGGCUGCUUAUGCUGCAGCUGGAAAGGUUGCAGAAGAGGUUAUUUCGCAGGUUCGUACAGUGUACUCGUUUGUAGGAGAGGAUAAAGCAGUUGAAGCAUACUCUAAGUCACUAAAGAAAGCUCUAAAACUGGGGAAGAAGAGCGGGUUGGCAAAAGGAGUGGGUGUAGGCUUCACGUAUGGGCUUUUAUUUUGUGCGUGGGCAUUGCUUCUCUGGUAUGCCGGUAUACUUGUCGGGCAUCGGGACACGAAUGGAGGGAAGGCUUUCACUACAAUUAUCAAUGUUAUCUUCAGUGGAUUUGCUCUAGGCCAAGCUACUCCAAACCUUGCUGGCAUUGCUAAAGGAAGGGCAGCUGCAGCCAAUAUCAUAAGCAUGAUUGAAACAGAUUCCAAGUCUUCUAAGACAUCAGAUACCGGAUUGAUGUUGCCAGAAAUCGCUGGUCAAAUCGACUUUAGCGAGGUCUGUUUUGCUUAUCCUUCACGAAGAAAUUUGGUUUUCAACAAGUUGAGCUUUUCAAUCAGCGCUGGCAAGACCUUUGCGGUAGUUGGUCCAAGUGGCUCCGGAAAGAGCACUAUCAUUUCCAUGGUUCAACGUUUCUAUGAACCCACUUCAGGUAGAAUACUAUUGGAUGGACAUGAUCUUAAAAGUCUUGACUUAAAAUGGUUGAGGGAACAAAUGGGAUUGGUUGGCCAAGAGCCAGCACUAUUCGCCACAACCAUAGCUAGCAAUAUUCUGUUUGGUAAACAAGAUGCAGACAUGGAUGAUAUCAUACAAGCUGCUAAAGCUGCAAAUGCCCACUGUUUCAUUCAAGGCUUACCUGAUGAUUACGAUACUCAGGUAGGAGAGGCUGGAACUCAGCUUUCAGGAGGGCAAAAACAGAGAAUUGCUAUUGCAAGAGCAGUGCUGAGAAACCCAAGGAUACUACUUCUAGAUGAAGCCACCAGUGCUCUUGAUGCAGAAUCAGAACUUACAGUUCAGCAGGCACUAGAUGAAAUCAUGUCCCAUCGGACUACAAUUAUCGUUGCACAUCGGCUAUCCACCAUACGAAAUGUUGACACAAUUAUAGUGUUGAAGAACGGCGAGGUUGUAGAAAGUGGGACGCACUCGGACUUGAUAUCUAAGAAUGGCGAGUAUGCAACUCUAGUGAGCUCGCAAGUAUCAGAACAUGUUAAAGAGUCCAGUUUAUUAUCUAGCUGUGGAAAUUCAAACAAUUCAAGCUUUAGAGGCUCAGUAAGCUCGAGAAAUUCAAGCUUUCGAGACCUCCCCCAUCAGCUGGAAACAAAGUCUAUUAGCACAAGUGAUCAAAAUCUGUUACCAAUAAAGCGCACUCCCUCAAUUUGGGAACUACUUAAACUAAAUGCACCUGAGUGGCCAUAUGCAGUACUUGGCUCAGUGGGUGCAGUUCUGGCUGGCAUGGAAGCUCCCCUGUUUGCCUUUGGAAUCACACAUAUCUUGACUGCAUUUUACUCCCCUGAUGUUUCUCAAAUGAAACAUGAAGUUGAACGGAUGGCUCUUAUAUUUGUUGUAGUGGCAGUUGUUACUAUUCCCAUAUACCUGCUGCAACACUACUUCUAUACGUUGAUGGGAGAGCGUCUCACCACCCGUGUGCGCUUAUCAAUGUUCUCAGCUAUCCUUUCCAACGAAGUUGGCUGGUUUGAUUUGGAUGAGAAUAAUACGGGCUUACUGACUUCAAUUUUAGCAGCCGAUGCAACAUUAGUCAGAAGUGCUCUAGCUGACCGUCUAUCGACAAUUGUGCAGAAUGUAGCACUCACUGUGACUGCAUUUGUAAUUGCCUUUAUGUUAAGUUGGCGCAUAGCAUCUGUCGUUGUUGCCUCCCUCCCCCUACUUAUUGGAGCUUCGAUUACUGAGCAACUAUUUCUCAAGGGAUUUGGAGGAGACUACACCCGUGCCUAUUCUAGAGCAACUGCUGUGGCACGCGAAGCAAUUGCCAAUAUACGCACUGUUGCAGCAUUUGGUGCUGAAGAUGAGAUCUCGAUGCAGUUUUCUUCUGAACUAAACCAACCAAAGAAACAAGCACUUGUACGAGGCCAUAUAUCCGGUUUUGGCUAUGCUUUAUCGCAGUUCUUUGCAUAUUGUUCAUAUGCACUUGGCCUUUGGUAUGCGUCAAUUCUAAUCAAGCAUAAAGAUUCGAACUUUGGAGACAUCAUGAAAUCUUUCAUGGUUUUGAUAAUCACUGCAUUGGCAAUAGCAGAAACACUUGCUCUUACACCUGACAUUGUGAAGGGAUCGCAAGCACUGGGGUCAGUUUUCGGUAUUCUCAAAAGGAAAACAGCUAUCGAUUCCAAUAAUCCUACCUCAAAAAUGGUAACUCAUGUCAAGGGGAAUAUAGAAUUCAGGAAAGUGUGUUUCAAGUAUCCGGCAAGGCCUGAUAUCACCAUUUUUGAGGACUUGAACUUGAGAGUCUCAUCGGGAAAGAGUCUUGCUGUAGUGGGACAAAGUGGCUCGGGGAAGAGUACUGUGAUUGCCCUGGUAAUGAGAUUCUACGACCCCACUUUCGGAACAGUCUUGAUUGAUGGAUAUGACAUUAAACGCUUGAACUUGAAAUCCUUAAGGCGGAAAAUAGGUUUGGUUCAGCAAGAGCCAGCGUUGUUUUCCACAACAAUUUACGAGAACAUCAAGUAUGGGAAUGAGCAGGCAUCAGAAAUUGAGGUAAUGAAGGCAGCAAAGGCAGCAAGUGCCCAUGAAUUCAUCAGUAGAAUGCCUGAAGGUUACAAAACUCAAGUUGGUGAGAAGGGAGUUCAGUUAUCAGGUGGCCAAAAACAAAGGGUAGCAAUUGCCAGAGCAAUGCUGAAAGACCCUGCCAUUCUUCUCUUGGAUGAAGCAACAAGUGCAUUGGACACAGCAUCUGAGAAGCUGGUCCAAGAAGCUCUUAACAAGCUUAUGGAGGGCCGAACAACAAUUCUGGUGGCACACAGAUUGUCAACCAUUCGUGAUGCAGACCGUAUUGCUGUGCUGCAAAAUGGCAGGGUGAUUGAAAUUGGCAGCCAUGAGCACCUCAGUAGAAAGCCGGGUAGUAUCUAUGGACAACUAGUCAACCUACAACAGGAAAAUAAAGUACAAGUGCUUGAUUAAAUCUGUUAGCACAAAAACUGGAGGAUCAGGGCAAUAAGGAUUGGAAGCUUAACAUGAUAUUUUGCUUCCUGUUAUUGAAUGCUAGCAAGAAUCUCCCAGAUCAGGAACUCUGCCGAAUCUUAAAAGGAUGUAGUAUAUGUUCAUGAGACGCUAGAUAUUUUA